CUUGACCCAGUCUCAGACUAUCACCCAUUCCAACUCGUACCACAAUCAAUCCUUCGAGACCCUAAUAGUACAGUCUAGCACGCAUCGCAUAGCAAAGCCUCUCGAAUAUCUCAACAUCUCAUCUCGCUCUAAAAAAGAAUGACGGACGCCGAAGUCAAGCUCUACGUUUACGACCUCUCCAACGGACUCGCCAGGGCGUUGAGCUUGCCAUUGACGGGGAGACAGAUCGAUGGGAUCUGGCACACUUCGGUCGUCGUAUGGGAUCGAGAGAUCUUUUACGGAGCAGGGGUCAUGGAGACUGCACCCGGUCGAUCACAUCACGGCCAACCGCUCCACGUGAUCCCCUGCGGCCGUACCCAGAUCCCUCUCGACGUUUUCGACGAUUACCUCUCAGACCUGAAACAAAGGUACACCGCGGGCAACUAUCACCUGUUGGAGUUCAACUGCAAUUCGUUCACCCAGGACGUGGUCGGGUUCUUGACGGGGACCGAGAUUCCGGCGUGGAUCAGCAGCCUCCCUGCCGACUUUUUGUCGACCCCUUUCGGACAACAGAUGAAACCCCAGAUCGACGCCAUGUACACGGGAAGGUCGGGCGGGGCGGCUGUCGUGGGCAGUCCCUCUGGACAAGGCGGUGCCGGGAGCCAGGGUAACGCGAUGGGAAUGGGGCUCGGAGGGUUGUUGGCGGGGAUCGCUGGAAAGGCUGCGGGACCGUCACCACCUUCGUCGGGGUCUACUCCCCAAUCGGACCUGAUACAGUCGACGGCUUCGUCCUUGAUGAUCAUCACCAACCCCACCUCGUUCGACGCCUCUCUCGCCUCUCAUCCGAACUCGAUCGCCCUCUUCCGCUCGUCGUCGUCAGCGUCAGCGGAACCCUCGGUGGUGGAGAAAAAGUUUGAAGAGAUGGCCAAGGAUGAAGCGGCCGAGAACAAGGUCGACCUGGAAUAUCUCGUCGUCGACGUCGGUGUAGGCAGGGGCGAGGAAGUGGCGGCAAAGUGUGGGGUGGAAUCGAACGAGUUGGAACGCGGGCCCGUGGUCGUGCUCUUCAAGCAGGGCGUCAAGAGCGAUGUGUUGACGGACCUGGAUCCCGACGAGCUCGAGGCGGCCAUCGUAUGGCAUAUCGCUCAGGUCCAGGAAGGGAGGACGGGUUCGAGUUAGGUGGGGACGCGACACCCGAUAUCGACGAGAACAGUUACAUGAGGAUAUAGAUUCCGACCUCGAACCCUUGUACCAUCAUCUUGUACAUAUAUCUAUACCCUUACGUCGUUGUUUGUCGUUGCCA